AUGUUAUUUUAUCGUUUACGUUUUUACAUUGCUAAUGAACUGAUUAGGACAAACAACUGGUCUAGUUUUGUUUACAUAGUCUCAAGUGAUGUGCGUGACUGGAAGGCCCCUGAAAGAGCUGACAUAUUGGUUAGUGAUUUGUUAGGUUCUUUUGGUGACAAUGAGCUGUCUCCUGAAAGCCUUGAUGGCGCCCAGAGGUUCCUAAAGAAAGAUGGAAUUUCAAUACCAUCUUCGUACACAAGUUUCCUCCAACCAUUGACAGCUUCAAAGUUAUAUAAAGAUGCUAAGGAAAUAAAAGAAAUUUUACAUUCAGAAUCUGCUUGUGUUGUGAAUAUGUACAAUGUGGACCGGCUUGCACCAUCUCAGGAGGUUUUUACCUUUACUCAUCCAAAGUCCUUUGUUGGAGAAAGCAAUCAGCGGUAUCAGAAGUUGUGUUUCAUGAUACCUAAUGACACUGGGUCAGCAAUGGUUCAUGGAUUUGCUGGAUAUUUUAAUGCGACACUUUAUAAGGAUGUGUUUCUUAGAACUGAAUCGUCAACUGCGACGUCAAAGUUGAAAACUUGGUAUUGA